AUGGCAAGCGGAGGAACUGGCACACUAUACCCAAGGAAUUUGAGAGUGAAAACGAGACCAGGCAAACAAUCGGCUGCGAAGUCGUUGCGGCAGUCACAGGCAGAGACACGCAGAAAGAAAUCGCUCGUGCUAAACCUUUGGAAAGAAAUAACACUUGAAGAUGUCAAAAGAUGCUGUGAUGAGGUGUCACUUGCCGAUUACGAGAAGAUCGUGCCGACGAAGGUAGGCAGCGUACGGCUCUUUGUGAACGCCGACAGAAAGGAGAGCACUGUGCUACUCACGAGCGUGCACUUCACGUCGAGUCUCGCUUGCAACAUCGUGAGCUACGAGAAGCUUGACGAGAAUGGUUACGCGUUGAUGUAA